GAUAUCUACCACCUUAGCGUGUUUUUCAAUGAACUGCAUAUUCCGGGGUCACCUUUUUGCAUAGAUCUCUCAAGAAAGAGACACAGCAAUUCUGUUCCUGAACCAACACUCCAGAGGGAAAUAGGUUUACCAACCGUUAUUGAAGUACCAUCCAAGGAUGGUAGUAGCAAGAAAACCAAUAUCACCACCGUGGUCUUUGGUGAUAGGACAGGCCCGCAUGGUGCUGUUGUAAAGAAAAAUGCCAGAGGAAACUAUGAGGUAACCGUGGAUCCCAAGGUUCCAGACAUUUACAGCAUUGACAUCCAAAUGAAUGAAGUUCGAGUUCCAGAAUGCUGUUUUGUGGUUGCCUACACGAGUCCCCAACUACAAAAGUGCCGAUUACUGACCGAUUUAGUUGAGCUUCAGACGAUAUUUGACACCAACUACGAUAUUCAGCUGGCAGUUAGCACUGCUGGUGCUGGAAAAGGCUCACUGGAGGCCAGAGUCGAGUCUCCGGAUGGCGGGGAGUAUGAUGUUGUCAUAAAGCUUAGAGAAGAUGAGGACAACAUAUAUGAUGUGUCAUAUGUCCCAAAGGUGAAAGGUACCCACUACCUGAAGAUAACUUGGGACGGUAAUGAUAUUCCCCAGACACCACUCCCUAUCAGGGUAACAGAUUAUGCCAAAGUGAUGACCGUUGGCCAUGGAAAACCAGUCUCACUAAGUGUUAAUGUCCCAAAUGGUGCAAAAGAGAGUGACAUCAGGGCAAAUGUAAUUCACGUUGCUUCGGGCGGAAUCACCAAAUAUACAGGGCGGUAUAACAAGGGGAAAUACCACAUAACAUUCUCUCCAAAAAAGCCUGGUCUUUACAGCAUCACCGUCUUCAUCAAAGACAGAGAGCUUCCGAGUAGUCCACAUGUAGUUCGGUCCGGAGAUCCACCAAAUCCACAAAAGUGUAUCUUCAGGGAGUACCCUGGAAGUGCUUUGGUUGGCAGUGAAGUGACCUUCAUGAUAGACGCAAGCAGUGCAGGCAGUGGGAGAACUCAACAUAAGAGCCACCACUCACAGUAUGGGAUUGAGGAAGAGAAAGUCAAAAGUAACAUGGGGAGAAAUUGCUGGAACUCCUGGUGUUUACUCAGUAACCUUCACACCCAUGAUCACUGGGCAGCAUUCCUUGCAUGUCACUUGGGCUGGAAGAAACAUACCCGGUAGCCCGUACAGCAUCACAAUCCUGGAGAAACCGUCACUAGACUACCCUACCAAGCCAACCGCAGAAGUGUAUAUUAUGGAGAAGGCUGGCACACCCAAUAAGGUGGAUCCAAUUCCCAAGGUGUUAAAUUGCUGCAUUGGGCAAGCUCUUCUCCUGAGAGUGAAGCCAAAAUUGAAACGUGAGGGAGCUCUAAAAUCUAUUGGGAAAGGACUGAAAAGCACGAUCAGUGAAGAAAUGAGAAUGGCAGCAACUGGCGAAAGAACUGGUGUAGUACACCUGCACGUAAGAAAGAGCAGCGACAACUACUACGAUGCAGAGUUUGCACCAACAGAGGAAGACAGAUACGUUGUCUCUGUCCGAUACGACAAUGAGGAAGUAGAGAACUCACCUAUUACUGCUGUGUUUGAAUAUCCACAAACUGACCCUACCAAAGUUCAAAUUGUGGAAACGAUUGGAAAUGAGUGCUACAUCGAUCAGGAGUUUAAGCUCGAGAUUCUGACCUCAGGAGCUGGUUCAGGACCUCUCAAAGUUUUAGCAGAGGUUCCAGGAGAAGACAGAAUUACUGUUAGUGUAAAGAAAGAAGUAAGUGAUAAAUACAUUGCUCGAUACAUUCCACAAACUAUAGGGAAGCAUGUUCUGCAUGUGCUAUGGGUUGAUACUGCCGUCCCGCACUCUCCACUAAUAAUUGAAGUAAAGGAGCCGCCAGUUGUUCCGACAGGCCAGGAAGCAGUCCACAUAAUCCCAGCAGCCAAAUUAAAGUUGAGCGAAAUUCGGAGUGUAGGCACUCAUCUUGACACGGGAGACACCUACACAGUAAAAAGAAAGCAAACGAAAGGAAAGUACGUGUUCAGUCUACAGCCAAAGCAGCAAGGCACAUAUGAGAUAGCUCUGAAUGUGAAGGGAAAAGAAGUAUGUAGGCCUCUUCGGUUUAAAUACGAUAGACCUUCACGUCCUGAAAGUGUUGUGGUUUAUGAUAUCAACAGAGAAGCAACAGUAAAUGAAGUAGUACAAUUCAAGAUUGAUGUAUCUGAUGCUGGUGUUGGUCCACUAAAGAUUGAAACUCUCAAAGCUUCAGGACGAGCAAAUACAAAAAUCACAAGUUUUAAAGAUGAGAUAUACACAAUCUCCUUCUCAGCUUCUUCUCCUGGCAAGUUUUCUUUAAAAAUAACAUGGGGUGAAGAGGAGAUCCUUGGUAGCCCCAUUCUUAAUUACAGUCAGCUCCGCUAAUGAAGUAGACUCUGGUAGUGACAGUGGAUCGGUAAAAACACCAGUAAGGAAAGAGUCCACCAUGUAUGAGAGUGAGAUCAUUGAUAGUGGUACCUUUAAACGAGACAGUGGAAUAGUAGUGAAAGAGGUUGUACAGGAACUAGCAUCUACAGAUAUAAUUGUUAGACGACCAUUUUCCUGGAUCAUAAAUCUCACUGAACAAGAAGGGAAGUUGGAAGUCACAGUUGUUGGUGAUGUAACUGGUCCAGUGGAAGUCCUUCUCAUUCAAGUACAAGAGAGAGUGUACCGCGCAACUUUCAGACCAACCAAAUCAGAUAUGUACACCAUCUUUACCCUUGUCAAUGGGAAACAUGUGGCUGACAGUCCACGAACUAUCACAUAUGAAGUACCAAAGCUGAAUGUGAACGAAAUAAGAAUAGAUGGAUGGAACAAGAUUUCUUCCGUAAUAGCUGUUGGUCAAACCGUACACUUUGUCGUCAACACUCAGGAUGCAGGAGUGGGAGAGCUGAAAGUCAAUGUCAAACCUCCAAAGUCAAAGACAGAGACACACGCCAUUGAAAUAGACGAACACGAUGACAAUCCUGCCAUAUACACUGUCUCCUACACCCCAUCGAUUGUAGGAGUUCACUCAUUGGAGUUGCUGUUUGCCCAGAUGCUAAUCCCAGGCACCCCACUGCAACUGACAGUCUGUGACCCUCAGGCUGUAGGCUUUACUCAUUCAACACACACACUAGUGAAGAUUGGCCAGUCAAUCGCGAUGGAAGUCGACACCACAAAGGCAGGCAGUAACGAUCUCACUGCCACUUGCGAGGGGACAAGCUGUGGUGAAGUACCUGUUUUGGUCUCAAAAGGCAAAGCUAAAGGAAAGUUUGAACUUUCCUUUAAGCCUCUGGUUGAAGACCUCUACGCCCUAGUAGUUAAGCUAGGAAUGCACCACAUUAAAGGUUCUCCAUUCAACUUCAACUUAUGCUCUAUUCCAGUAGAGAAAACCAUCAUAACAGGGCCACAACUUUCCCGAAGGACCAGGAGGGCAAAUUAAACUCAAUAUUGAUACUUCAGGUCUACCAAGCGGCAAACUAGUGUCCUACUGCAAGUUUGAGGAACAAACAGUCAGUGUUCAAGUAAAAGAAGUCUCUCCAAAUGUGUUUUCACUAUCUUUUGAGCCUGAAGAGCCGGCCUUGUACCUGUGGUCUGUCCUGUUUCAUGGGCAGCAUGUCCCUGGCUCACCAUUCAAAAUCGACACUAGGCCUCAUGCAAACAAAGCAGUGGUAGUAGCUCCAGAGAUGGGCAGUGUACGAAUCGGCCAGUAUGUGUACUAUGAAGUAGACAUGAGUGGAGCAGGCAUGGGAGUACUCACUGCCACAUGCAGAGGGGAAGUCAGUAAGAAAAUUCCAGUACAAAUCACAACGGUUCGUCAUGGCGUGUAUAGGAUAUCCUUCCUGCCCCUCUCCUUUGGCCAAUACACUCUGUAUAUCCAGUGGAGUGGAACAGAAGUACCAAACUCCCCGUUUGUUUAUGACCUAAAGCCGCCUCAUGAUAUUGGAAAACAUCCCAUUGAGAUACCUUUAAGUACCCCAAGAAUUGAAGAUGCCAGUGCUAUGAAAGUGACGUGUACAAGCCAAACAUAUGGUGUAAUUGCUGUCAAUCUUGUUCCAGUUUCGGCUAAUAACUACCGUAUUAGUUUCAAACCACAAGGACCAGAUAUCUACACAAUCAGUGUGUUUUAUAAUAGCAAGCACAUCAAAGGGUCUCCAUUUGAUCUUGAUCUCCGUGUACCUGAUAAUAAAGCAAAGCGCAAAGAAAGUCGUGAUAUUACGAUAGAUUCAAAAAGUUCAGAUUCUCAAAAAUCUAGCCAGUACAAUGCAGUCAUAGGAACUGCUUUCAUUGUGAGAAUCAAGUCACAGGAAACUCAAGCAGAGGGAGGUAGGGGAAUAAUGGCUACUGCUGUUGGAAAGAAAGUAGGAGAGAGUCGUAUCCACGUAGAUCAAUAUUCCAAAAGAGUAACCUUCAAUCCCAAAUCAGCAGACACCUACACCCUCAACAUCAGUGUCAAUGGAGAUCCAGUUCCUCAGAGUCCAUUCACAGUCCACUACUCUGAUCCACCUUCUGACCCAUCGAGAGUCAACAUCAUUGGUCUGGAGGACAUCCUCUCAGUCCUAGACAUCAACAAGGAGGUGUCCCUGGUGAUUAAUCCAAUGAAGGGAGGGAGUGGGACCCUCAGAGCAGAGGUUAAAGGCCCAAAACAAGCAAAAGUGGAUGUUCAAGCAAGAGACGGAGAGCUGGGGACCUACACUGUCUCAUUUGUCCCCACAGCUCCAGGUCUCUACAUCCUCUCCCUCUUCUGGAAUGGAGAGCACAUACCUAAUUCCCCACUGAAAAUAAGAGUAGUUGACACCAGCUCUUCAGUGAAGACUCUACCAGGGAAGAAGGUGACCAUAGAUGACAUGGAGAUCAAGUGUGGUCCAACUGACAUACAGGCAUAUGCCUUGAGGCGAGACAGCACCAAGAAACUGAAGGUGACUGUCAAGCAGGUCAAGACUCAUCUCUACAGAUUCAUCUUCAGUCACAAAGAGCCAGGUCAAUACUUCAUCCACAUAUUUGUGAAUGGAGAAGAGCUGGAUGUGAGUCCAAUUCCUGUCUACGUAUCCCAGCAGUCAUGGCCCAAGAAGUGUCGUGUACACAAUCUCCCCACUGUUGGGUACUUGAACGAGGAAAUAUCCGUGAUCAUCAACUGCACCGAGGGUGGGGAGGGUACUCUGGAAGCUAAGGUGACAGAGCCAAACAAGUCAGAGAAGAGUUUGGCUGUAGUUGAUAACAGGAAUGGUACAUUUACCACAGUAUAUGUACCAACUACAGAAGGCAAAUACAGCUUUAGUAUCACCUGGUCUGGCCAGGAGAUUGGUGGGAGUCCUUACAAACUGCAAGUAAAGACACCAACAGAAUAUGACAUUCCAGUCACCAAUGUAUCUGUGGUUGACCUUACAGGCCAAUCCACUUCUUUUACUGGAGGCGAUCAAGUUCAUACUUCAAUGAAUAGCUACUUUGAAUUCAACAUUCAACUUACAAAGAAGCAGGCUAAGAUUUUCAUUGCCAAAGCAAUCGAUGAAGAUGGAAUCUACUUCGACUUUAGUCUCUUGAAAAUAACUGGAAAUCUGUUUAAGUAUUCAUUUAAGCCACCCUCUCCAGGGCAAUACGGCCUCAAGUUCAGUCUUAGUGACCACACACUGAAGCUCCCACAACUUCCUAGUGUUAUCUUCUUCACUGAGGCUGAAGUUGAUGCAAGUAAACUGAAGGUUCUAACACAUACAAUUUCUGGCCUUCUACUGAUUGAUCGCCAGAUCUUCUUCCAGAUUGAUACCCGACUGGCAGGAAAUGGAAAACUCAAAGCAAGUCUUGAAGGCCCCUCUGGUGAUGUACCCGAUCUACGUCUUGCUCCAACACCAGAUACACCACAUUUCUAUGACGUAUUUUUCACUCCUGUUGUGGCUGGCACAUACCGUCUUGAGCUGAUGUGGAGUGACACAAUGGUGCCUGGUUUCCCUCUCGUUCUUCAUGUUACAGAGCCAACUAUCAAGUAUGGGGAGUCAUCAUCUUUUGACUUACAAAUUGACACCCACGCAAAAAAUAUUAGCUCAUUUGCCAAUCAUGUAGACACCGGAGAAAGGUAUGAAGUUGAGAUUUAUCAAGUGAGCAAACGAAGGUACCAGUUCAAGUUUAACCCCAAGAUAUCAGGCAAGUACAACCUGCAUGUUCUUGUCAAUGGAAAAGAUAUCAGUGGAAGUCCCUUCCAACUCACUUAUGACCAUCCACCUCAAGCUGGCAAUGUUGUCGUCACAAAACUUCCCAAAAAAGCACAAGUUGGCUCCGAGGUAAAGUUUUUCAUCAACACACAGAGAGCUGGUAAUGGUCACCUCAAUAUCAAGAUAACAGGUCCAGAGUCAGUAGAAAUGCAGCUGAAUGAACAAUCAGCUGGGGUAUACAAAGCUGAGUUUACUCCUGUCACUACCGGUGUGUACACAAUCAAGGUAACAUGGUCUGACGAGGAGGUUCCAAAAAGUCCAUUCGAGCUCAAUGUUGUCGAUUUUCAUCCAGGAGACUUGUUUAUUCCUCCAACGAUAGAUGGUCCAAGUAUCUCUCCUAUAUCUACACCUGCUUUUCCUUUAUCCCCUCGACACGACAUAUUCCCUUCAAUUAUUGAGUCUGAUAUGAUUAUAUUUAGCAAGAGGCACACCCUGGGGAAAUUGUCAUUCAGUAUUAUUCACAAUGGCUUCCCGGACAAGCUCACUAUUCAAUUUAGUGGGUCUACUGAGCUCCCAUUCAAAGUCAUAAAGGGUCAGAGGGCAAACAAGUAUGAAAUCGAUCCCAAGACUGCAGGAAAGUAUGAUAUGGUCAUCCUAUGGGGUGGCAGUGUAGUGGGGGAAGUGUACACCUUGUAUUUCGAGUUGCCCAAGACCAUCCAUGGUUUCAAUAUGCAAGACCAGGUGUUCCAGGUGGGCAAGUCCUACCAGUUUACCAUCACUACUGAUGACAUAUCCACUGGUGCCUUGGAAAUCAGUUGUAUACCGCGUGACGCUGCCGACAUUGUCUGCACAGCUGUCACAUCGACACAAUAUCAGUGCUCUCUAAUUCCAAAGGAAGACGGGAGAUGUAAAAAUUGCUGUCUCCUACAAUGGAUUCCAGAUCCAGGGCAGUCCUUUUGUGGUACACUUCAAAGCUGCCACUGCCUUCAACUGCAAGUUUAGUCUUCAAUCUGAGGGAAUCGAGAUCAACGACAUAUCGGCCGUGCUGGAAAGCAUUGCUACGCAGCAACCAAUUCCUCUCUCACUACAACAGCUCUUUGGAGGUGAGUGCAACCUGGACUUUGUACCAACCGAAGGGGAUGAGUACAAACUCACGAUAACCUGUGGCCUCAAGAUUAAGAGAGAAACGAUGGCUGGCUCUCCAUUCAACCUCACCUACCUCACUGGUCAAGGAGGUGCAUCAAUGUGCCGGCUCGAGGGAGGCAUUUCUGGAGGAGUUGUGGGUGAGUGGAGCAAGUUUUUGGUCAACUGUGAAGGUGCUGGUUCGGGGAAACUGGCAGCCAUUAUUUCAGGGGAAGGUGCUGAGGUGAAAGUGGUCUCACUGUCUGAAUCCAUGAAUGAAGUCCAUAUCAAUGUUUGUGCUAGCGGAGAACACCAACUAAAGUUGUUGUGGGAAGGUCAGGAUAUACCUGGUAGCCCUUUCACUAUUUCUGCCGAACCAAACCCAUCAUUGUCAUCAAUAAGGCUUGACAUUCCAAGCCAAGUUGAAGCUACAGAGAAUAUUGAAAUUGAUUGUGAGAUUGAAGUGGAGAGCGGCGAAGACCUGACUUUUGAAGCUACCAUAGAAUCAGGCAGAAAAAUCAGUGGAUAUUUAGCCCCAUGUGAGCAAGGCUUUCACGUCAGUAUUCCAACAAGUGAGACUGGUGAAUACUCCAUUGCUGCCUAUAGCGAGGGGCGGUCGAUUCUGCCUAAGCCAUCGAAAGUCAGAGUGGGCCCCAUACAGUCCACUCAAACCCAACCAGUUGUUGAGGAUAUUUCACCACCAGAAAUCGAAGAACUUACUGAGGCUAUGAACAUAGAAGAGGGGAGUACUGUUGAUACCGGCACAAGCCCCCUUGAAACCUGACUGGAAAAUCGACUUCCAUUGACUAUAAUAUGUAUAGUUGUAUUUAGCUAAUGUACUUGCACUGAAAACAACAUUGGGCUGUAUAUACCCAGUAUUAUAGCUGAAUAGUUACUUAUCCAAUGAAAAGCACUGAAGUGCAAACCCUCGGCGAACUGUGCAUGCGCGGUAUAUUAGUAUGCGGUCUCCCGCUAGUAUAAUAUAGCUCGCAGAGAGUCUGACACGGGCUAGCUAUAGUAGUAGAUUAGCAUGCGAGAGUCGAUACACGCCCUUCGUUGUGACUUUUUGUGCCUUCAAAAUACACAGCA